AUGAGUGCGCGCCGCAGAAACGGUAAACCAGCAUCGUGCGAGCCAUGUCGCCGUGAUAAGGUGCGCUGUGAUCAUGCGGUGCCGAUCUGCAGUCGAUGCCAAAGCCGUGGGAUAUCCUCGCGCUGUCUCUACCAUCCGGCACCCAUGACUCGGGCGAAGGCCCGGCGCUCCCACUCGGUGAUUGAGGAUGUUCCCUUUCAGCGAGAUGUCCAAGCAAGCAGCAUCACUCCGGCCAGGGAAUCCGCAGAGGCCACGGUCAUCCCAAACCCCAUUGGCCAUGCUCCAGCUGAAGACGCUGGGUCGAGAUCCAAACCAAUUCUGGCAGGAUACUUCGGGCCAACGAGUUUUGUCUCCCCUUUGACGGACGAUAUAGACCUCCUUGCCGCAGAGCAAGGUGAAUGUGACGACGAAAAUGCACAGCGCGUGCUGCCUGCGUACUGGACGCAGAAAGUGACUGAUAUUCUGUGCAGCCUGGGCGACUUUUCAAUCAUUGAGUCCCUGCUGUGUGAGUACUAUGACCUGAAUCAGAGCGCCGCCAUUCCCGCGCCGCUCAUCUUGAACACGAUUGGGCCCUUGAAGGCGAUGUGUGAAGAACGUGUCCGCAUAGAAGAUCCCGAGCAUGCUGCGCACUCUUUGACUAUCCGAGUGAUUCAAAACACCGCCAAAACAUUGACGAUUCCCCCGAGCACUACGGGGGAGGAGUUUCAUCGCCUGUUCACCGGACCUGCCAUCCGCCUUGAGAUUCUCGGAGUGAUCUGUUCGCUGGCGGGAAGAGCACGCAAAAUGGGGUUGGCUCGUGACAAGUCGGAGAGUGAAACAUCCGCCGUGAAUUUUUCGCGCAAGAUGCUGGCAGCGAGCGACGCUGCGCUCCACAUCUGCAAAAUGCUGACCCCGCUGAACGACCUCACAAUAUGGCUGAUACAUGAAAAUUUGCUGCUGACUGAUAAAAUGAACUGGAGCUCGAGUCCCAAGUGCUGGAACCGGCUAGGGGAACUGUCCACAGACAUGUUCGCCCUGGGCCUCCACAGAGAGAGUACAAGGCCUAAUGAACUGCCCCAACUCCUCGUGGAAUCAAGACGCCGGGUGUUUGCGGCGGCUUAUCAGCUUGAUAAAAGCAUUGCCACGUUUCUGGGCCGACCUCCGAGAAUCCCCUUGCGGUACUCAGAUUGCCAAAUGCCCCUCGAUCUCCCUGACGAUGCAUUUCUAUCGAAUCAAGUCAGACUGGCUUACGCGCCAGGUGAUUUGGACUCUGCGAACUGGAAUGUCCACAGUGUCUUUCAGCGCUCUUCGUGGAUGAGAGUCCGCUUCAUUGUGAGCACCUUCCGUGAAGAGAUACUUGAGCUCUCCUUACAGAAUGUGACCUCGCAAGUUGUCGAUCUACUCAACAAUAUCUCUCGCCGCUCACGUCUUGCGUGGGAAGCAUUGCCCUCUCAUCUUCGAUAUACUUCGCAAUGCUGGGAUAAAGGGUAUUCCGUUUCUGCGUGUGCUCUGCUUGCCGUGUCGUAUUUGGCAUAUCUAUACAACGACCUGCUGAUACAGCGGUUACUUGCCGGAAACGAAAACCCCCGGGGUACACCUGCCUUGCUAUCAGUCAGUGCGGAAAUUCUUUGCUCGGUCUUGGCGCUGGGUACCCCCAAGGAGCAGAUGGCCGACAUUGUUCGGUCUGAUUUCAUGUGGACCGUUUUGCUGUACGGGUUCCCGAGUGCGAGUCUCCUCGUCAAAGCACUCCAGCAUCAAAAGCGAACGGGCGAAUCCUUUCUUUACGAAGGCUCCCGCUCUGCCUUGAUUCGCAAUCUGAGUGUGUUCAUUUCUCAUUUAGAGACCAUCGUCCGCCCCGAUAACUCAAACUAUGCGCUCUUUCAACGGGCUGCUAAGAUCUUUUCCGAAAUCAUUGAUGAGGUUCUGGAGCCUGAGGCUUCCUUCGCCAAUGGCGAUGUUGGCGUUGCCUCGUUUAUUGACUUUGAUCAGAUGUUGUCAGGGGGAGGUCUGGACUUUUUGAAUACGCUUGACUGCGGAGUGGCUCAUAGCCAAUGGCUUUUUUGA